CAAAUAUGGAACGUGGAGAACAGACAGUGUUCCUGCAUUGACCGCGCCAUGCGGUUUCUGGCGGGCUAUGUUCUUGGCUUUUCAUUUGGCAUAUCGGCCACAAUGAUAUCAUUCCGCUUCUCGCCUAUCUCAGAUUUGAAGGGUUUCAUGGUCCCAACCACUGCUACCAUGGCUGAAUUUGAGCCGAAUCUUGCGGAAAAGCCGGUGGACGCAGAUCCCGCGUUUGAUGCUCCUGACGACGAGGAUGAUGUGGGACCUUUCGAUUGUCCAGGAGGGUUGACGAACAUCACCAAUUUGAUCAAGCGCAGCGGAUCUGAUAAGUUUUUCACCCAUCACUACGACCGUUAUUAUGAUUACUGGCUGAAAGGGAAGAGAUGCAAGCCUGGCCUGAAGAUAGUGGAGAUUGGGGCUGAGCAUGGGCGUUCCUUGAAGGUUUGGGAUGACUAUUUCACGUCUCCCAAGACAGUCUUGGGUCUGGCCUAUGGCAAUUCUGCGGGUGGAGUAGAGAAAAAACUUGGACCUAAGACUACUGUGAUAUGGGGCGAUCAGUCAAAGAAUGAAACGAUGCAGGAACUCAUUGCACGAGGGCCUUGGGAUAUAAUCAUUGAUGAUGGUUCUCAUGAACCAUCUCAUAUGAUUUACUCCUUGUUCUCCCUGUGGAAGUCACUCAAGCCUGGCGGCCUUUACGUCAUUGAAGACUUAGAGACCAACUACUGGUUCCAUGGGAAGGUGGUCUAUGCAUACAGAGUGACGAACACUGGGAUUGGCACAACGGCAAAGUGGUCUGCCGUCAAAAAGAUCGAGCAGAUCACUCAAGUCCUAGUCCGCCACCAAAUUGGUGCAAAGAAUUUGACGGUCAUGCCUGGUGAUGAAUCUCUGUGUGCAGUGGAGUGGGGCAUGAACAUCGUGAGACUACGGAAGUGUACUCGGGAGGAAAGGGCUUUCCAUCCAAAGAUGAGUCCAACAGUUUUCUUUGACAAGAAGGCAGGAUGGGAAUGGAAUUUAAAGUGCCUUGUUGCACAGGGAGAGCACCUGCAGACGGGUGAUCGAAAGGAAUGGUUUGGUCCUUAUCAGGUGAGUGAUGUGCAAGUAGAGAAGUGCAACUAAGCUCUCACCAGGCCUUUCCGCACUCUAAUCAUCAUUGCAUAGUUGCAUUGAGUCAGCAAGGUUGGAUGAAACCGCUUCAUUGGAAUCAAUCAUCAUCCAUUCUUCAAAGACCUCAGCUUUGACGCGAUUUCACCCGCCAAAUCGAACCUGACGUAUUUGAAGACAUACGGGUUUUCUUUCCAAAACGAUCCCGACGAAUGUGGACGGGUUUUCUGACUUUAACAGAAGCACUUUGUGUUUUGUGCACCCAACCCUGCCAGAAGAUGGAUGCGUGGAUUGAAGAGGCCAAAUCGACCAAUCCAACUGUUUGAGAGCCCUACUUGCUC